UGAUAAUCUCUAAUGAUAUAAUCCAUUCUAGUAUAUGAUACUCCAUAUAGUAAUCAAAAAUUCAAACAAUGCGUCACGACCAAAAAAGUCAAUAAUGGCUAUGGAUACUUUGUGCAAUUGGGUUCUUACUAUUUUGUAUCUUUAUGGCUAUGCGUUAUGUUGCCAAUUUCUAACAGCUAAACCUAAUUAUGUUACUGGGUUUGACUCAGAACUAGAACUGGGUUCACUCGGAAAAGAAUUACUUGAAACGGCAAGAAAUCCCGAGUUUUUCGAUUGGUUAAAGAGGGUAAGGAGGAGAAUCCAUGAAAACCCAGAAAUUGGAUUUGAGGAAUAUGAGACGAGUCAACUCAUUAGAUCAGAGCUUGACUCGUUGGGGAUUGAUUAUACAUUUCCAGUUGCUAAAACUGGUGUUGUCGGUUCAAUCGGGUCCGGUUUACAACCUUGGUUUGCUCUUCGGGCCGACAUGGAUGCACUUCCCAUUCAGGAAAUGGUAGAAUGGGGAAACAAGAGCAAGAACAAUGGUAAAAUGCAUGCAUGUGGGCAUGAUGUCCAUGUCACAAUGCUUUUAGGGGCUGCAAAGCUGUUGCAACAGAAGAGGAAAAACUUGAAGGGAACUAUUAAGCUAUUGUUCCAACCAGCAGAAGAAGGUCGUGCUGGUGCUUACUCUAUGAUACAAGAGGGUGCUAUAGAUAAUGUGCAAGCUAUUUUUGGGCUACAUGUUUCACAUCUUGAUCCCACUGGAACAAUUGGUUCUAGACCUGGUCCUUUUCUUGCUGGUUCUGCCAGAUUUGUUGCAAUGAUUCAGCAGGAGGGUGAAUUGAGUGAUCCGGUUUUUGCUGCAUCGACCGUAAUCUUGGCUCUGCAACACAUUAUCUCUCGAGAGAUCGACCCUCUUGAAGGCAGGGUGGUAUCAGUUACCAUGAUUGAAGGGGGCCAGCAUGUAGAUGUGAUCCCUAUGACUGUUAGUUUUGGGGGGACUUUUCGGAGCACGACCUCAGAAGGGUUGUCUGAUCUUCAGAGAAGGAUUAAAGAGGUCAUAGAGCUGCAAGCAGCUGUUCAUCGGUGCUCUGCUACGGUGGACUUCAUGGAGGAGAAGGCAAGGCAUUACCCCCCAACUGUUAACGACAAAAAAAUGUAUGACCAUGUCAAAAAUGUUGGUUCAAUGUUGCUUGGGGAGUCAAAUGUGCUUGAUAUUCCAACUACCAUGGCAGCUGAAGAUUUUGGGUUCUAUGCACAAAGAAUUCCAGCUGCUUUUUUCGUAGUUGGCAUAGCGAACAAAAGUUUGAACUCGAAUAAGCCAUUGCACACUCCAUACUUUUUCGUAGACGAGGACGUUCUCCCAAUUGGAGCUGCACUUCAUGCAGCUGUUGCAAUGUCGUACUUGAAUAAAAAUGCAGUGGUUGGUUCAAUGAAAGGGGAGUAAUUUGGGUUGGAACGAGUCUAUCUUGGUUUGAGAUAUGCUAUACCCAUUUCAGUUUGUUUGGGUUAGGUCCUUGUUUGAAUUACAGGAAUGAUUGUGAAUAAAAUAAUAUAGUAUUUGGGAAUAAAUAUUUCAUUUCAAAUUAUGAAUUUCAAUCAUGAAAUCAUAAUGAAGAAUUUGAAAAUGACAAAUUCUCAACUUUAACUAUUUUAAAAAUAAUGGUGGAAUUUAAUUCAAAUCUAAAUUUGAAAAUUUUUAAUUUGCCAAAUAAUAUAUUUGAGUCAAUUUUAAAUUUCCAAAUGAAAUUAUUAUUCUCAAAUAUGGCAUAAAAUAAAUUUCAAAUUGUACAUUAAAUUAAGUAAGACUUCAUAGUUUGAUGAAAUGGUUCCAAAUUGAAUUG